UUAUCUGUGGACGCCAUUUUUUCGUUGUCGUUUUCGGCUUCGGCUCGCUAAUUUUUAAUUCGCCUACAUAAUAUCGAUAGACUUAGGUUCUAGAUUGUAGAAUUUAGAAAGAUUUAUGUUAAAUAGAUUUCUUCCAAUUUUUUACGAGUGGUGCAAUUAGUUUGCUGCACGGAAAUGAAUACUUGUUCUAUACCUGCUCCUCAACAAGACACCGACGGCGAUGGAAGGUGGAAUAGCAUCCAUAACCGAUUCUUGUCUGAUGCAAAGGGCAAAGAUGGCGAUGUUAUUUUCAUAGGAGACUCCAUAUUACAAGCAUUGGAACAUACUGAAGUAUGGAAUCAAUGGUUUGCUCCUCUUCACUGCCUUAAUUUUAGCAUCCACAAUGAUCAGACUCAGAAUGUAUUGUGGCGUAUAAAAAAUGGAGAACUGGACCAUGUGGACCCUAAGGUGAUUGUAGUGCAUGUGGGCACUAACAAUGUAGAUAAUACACCUGAAGAAGUGUGUGAAGGCAUCUUUGAAAUCAUCAGAUCAAUUAAGGAAAAACACCCAAGUGCUUAUAUAGUUUUACCUAGCUUACUACCACGGGGGCAGCAUCCCAACAAGUUGAGAGAAAGGAAUGCAAAGAUCAAUGCACUUUUACGGGAAAAAGUCACUAACAUGAAUAGAGUAGAAAUGGUAGCUAUAGAUAAAGGAUUAAUUCAAAAUGAUGGCACCAUAAGCCACCAUGACAUGCACGACUAUCUCAUCCCUACCAAUGCUGCUUGCCGCAAGGCUUUUGAGCCCAUACAUGACUUGCUUCAACAAAUAUUGUUUGAAGGAGAGCCUGAAAAGGACUUGACACCCUCUGAGUAACUAACGUGUCAUUUUAACAUGUAUGUAUAAAUAUUGGUAGCUUUGCAGUGGAUGAGUUCACUGUGAUUAAGCGGUAGUACUUACGAGUUAGCUUUUUGUUUAUACUAGUGUCUAGGGACAAAAUUAUUAGCUUUUAUAACUUUUUACAUUCCAGUUAGAUAAGCUUUAUAAUUUCCUAAUUGGCUGUGUUUGUAUAGCAACUAUUUUUUAUUUAAAAUACUAAAGUUAAUGUCAUGACAUUCCAUGAUUUUUAAUAAACGAAUAAAUUUUCUAUUAAUUAUAAGUACAAUGGUGGAUGUUAAUAAGAAACACCUGUAUGAAUAUACUUUUGUGAUAAUAUUCAUUGAAAUAAUUACUGUAAAAUUACACAUAAAUGCUGCAAUUUGUUAAGCAAAUUAAUCUCUAUAUGAAGCUGUUCCUUACAUGAAUAUAUCCACCACUGGCCAUUGUAAGCUUACCUUUGAUAGACUAUGAAGCUUAGGUUGUCAUGUACAAGGUUGUCAUGCGUAUUUAGGCUAAUAAGUGGCUUGUAAGUACUUUACAGGGUUUAGUACUUAUAUUUGUUUGCUAAUAUUUGCCUUAGCAGAUUUAUUCAUUUAAUGAAAUCACCAUGUUAAUUAUAUUGUUGGCAGCAGAUUAUGUUAUUGUUUGAGUAGGAUAAUAAUUUAUCCUAGGUCUUAAACUUGAGAAAUUGUAGAUGUUUUGGCAAUAGAUAGUGUGAUUCCUUGAUUAGGUCAUGUUAUGUUUAUAAUUAUCUCCAUGGAAUUGAUUACGCCAAAGACUAACGACCCUUUCUCUACCAAAGUUAUAUUACCAUCACUCAUAAAAACAGAUAUAUCAAAUAAACAAAGUGUUGACUGAUAUUAUAUACUAAAUUUGAAACAUAAUAUCUCCAACAUACCUGUAAGUAUUUUUUACAUCAGUUGUAAGUUUCAUAUAGAUGCAUGUUGAAAUAGAUAAUAAGUCAACAUAUACGUAUGAAUUACCUAUGCAAUAUUUUUAUUGAUGAAUUUGAAGUUGUGAAUAACACCUUUAAUUAUAGUAGGUAACUUAUCGCUAGUGUUAUUUGAUUUGUAGCUACAUAUUUUAUAAGGUACUUUUAGGUACUCGGGUUGCCAAACAUGUUGCUUGAAUCUCUGAAUUGUUGUAUUUAUUUGCAUGAUGAAAGAAGCUUAAGCGCAAUUAUUUCUAUAAAAUUUUCCUAUGAAAAUGUC